CCGACCCAGGCUACAGAGCCCACCUCUCCUCCUCCGUCCGGUUCGCGCCGCGCUCCCUUCGUUCGUGCGCUUCCUCGGUCGCCGGCGAUGGCGAUGGCGAUGGCGCCGGCGGUGGUCUCGGGCGAGAGGCUCGUCGUGUUCCUCUUCGUCGCCCGCGUCGCGCUCGCGGCGCCGGCCCAGCUCGCCGCCCCGCUCGCGGUCCUCGCCGCGGCCGCCCUCGCCGUCGAGCUCGCCGUGGAUGGCUCCGCCUCCGCGUCCUCAUCGCCGCUCCGCCGGUUCAGGACCAGGCCGGGUGCUUCAUCAGGCAUACUUCUUGGUGCCACUACUCUGCCUAGUGUCAUGCUUUCACGGUUAAUUCAACUUUAUAGGGUCUUACUAGCAGAUCCUAAUGGACGUGAAGAAUAUGCAUACCUUGAAAUGCAGUACUGGGCAGUAUCUGUUAGCUGCCUUGGCAUGUUAUCAUUUUUUGUUUGGCAUCUACGGCAGUCUCCCAGCAAUGGAAAUUCUAUAGCUUCGAAAUACGGCUUGUUGCUCAUCAUUUUAUAUCCCCUGGCAUACUUGUUCCACCUUUUACUGAAGACUGAUGGAGGUCUGCUGGUGAUGAGUAAUUUGGUGUAUUUGCUGUGUCAUGGAGUGGCUGCUGUGAUCUUAAUCCAGCAUAUUCUAGAGAAGUUCCCUUCAUGUUCAUCUUUUGGGGAGGCCAUUUUGGUCUCAAGUGGUCUUGUUCUUUACUGUGGUGAUAUGCUGGCUCAUACUCUUUCAAAGAUGGAGUUCUCCGUAUCAUCAGAAGCAUUUAUUCGCGCACCUGGAACUCGAAGCGAGAUAGGCACAGUUAUUCAGGGGGUUUUGCUUGGUCUUUUUCUUCUCCCCUUGUUAUACAAAAGCUCCCUUCAAGUUUUGGCUUACUGUAGAAAACUGGAGAGUCAAAGAACACAAACAGUUGAGGAAUGCACACAGAAGAGAAUUGACUGUGGUGUAUUUUAUGUUUCAUUGUUGGUAGCACUAUUGUUGUUAGUGCCAUCAUGGACGCGUCUUAUUCAAGGUUUUGAAGUGCAUCCAUUUGUUUGGGUUUUUAACUAUAUUUUCACCGAUUCACGUGAACGGCUUGCUUUAUGCGCAUACUGGAUAUUUGUGAUAUAUGUAUCAAUUAGAAGGUUCUACAGUAUAUCAAAACAAAGCAAAACGGAGAGGAUUCUUUUGCGCAAGUAUUACCAUCUCGUUGCUGUCCUAAUUUUCUCUCCUGCAGUAAUAUUUCAGCCUGAUUUCUUGGACUUAGCAUUUGGUGCAGCAUUUGCCGUUUUCUUAAUAUUGGAGAUGGUUCGAGUUUGGGAAAUAUACCCUCUUGGGCAUAUUGUGCAUCAGUUCAUGAGUGCCUUCACUGAUCAUCGCGAUUCGGAAAUUCUAAUUGUUAGUCAUUUCUCACUCUUGCUGGGAUGUGCACUUCCUAAAUGGAUGUCAUCAGGAUUCAAUGACCGACCUCUUACACCAUUUGCUGGAAUUCUCAGCUUGGGUAUUGGUGAUACCAUGGUAGGUUCUAUGUCCAGUGCGUGAUCAGUUAAUAUUUUCUUAUGUUAGCUGCGUUCAGUAUGAUGAAUUCUCUUGUUUUACCUAGGCAUCAAUGAUAGGUUAUAAGUAUGGUGUCCUAAGAUGGAGCAAGACAGGAAGUGAGUUUAAUUUCCAUUAUUAUUUAUUCCAUGAUUGAUAAUUGAUCUCUUAUGCACAUACUUUUGAAAUGUUAGAGAAAACAAUUGAGGGCACAGCAGCAGGCAUAACUUCUGUAUUAGCAGCCUGCUCAAUCCUGCUGUCACUCUUAGCUUCAAGUGGAUACAUACUUUCACAGCAUUGGAUAUCACUUUUGGUAGCUGUGACAUUGAGCGGUUUAUUGGAAGCAUAUACAGCCCAACUCGACAACGCUUUCAUACCCCUUGUCUUCUAUAGCCUCCUAUGUCUAUAGGAGCAACCAAUUGUACAUCAAACUACCUUGAGGCCCUAUUCUUACCAUUACUAAUAUCUAGUGACUAGUGCAGUACAGUAUAGGUAUAGCCCUUCGAAUUUUUUUUUUAAAUCCUCUUAUUGGUCGCAUUCUCUGUAUUCCUGGACCGAGAAAUUGUGUCCAUUACUAAAAAGUUGAGUUUAGGUUUAGGAAAUAAAGAUGAAAAUAUGAAAGGUUGUUUAGUGAAUCCUUCAGUAGAGAGCAUCUUUGGUAUGAUAGACUUCUGAGCCUAUCUGGAGGCAUCAAUGUAUCAUGGAAGGUAUGUUGUCUUUCAGAACCAGAACUUCUUCUGCAGGUGGUGAGACCUAUUUCACCCCACAACUCCACAAGCAGUUGGGCAAGAAUAGCAAGCUGAGAGUAAAGCCAUAUGCUGCAAGGAGCCUGAAAUACGGAGACUUGGUUCAGAAUUAAUGUAUAUGGUACCUUAUUUCCAUGGACAUGCGAAGUGUAAUUAGUUGUAGUAGCUAAUCUCCUGUAAGUUUUGCGUCAUCACUGUACGGAGUAAAAGAUCACUACUCAGAUUGCAACCGCGCAUUGAUGUAAAUUUUGUUCUUGACCUGAGAAAAAAUGAAAUCGAAGUAAGCAAAGCUGCAAAUUAAUGUUCUCU